GGUGCGUUUUAUUCCUGGGGCCACCCAUACCUAAACUGUAUGCACCAGUGUUUCCCCUAGAAAAACAUUUAUGCAGCAUUAGCAAAGUUAGGGUGUGGACAAUGGCAUGGUUUUUAAAUAUAACAAAAUAUAAAUGAAUCUGUUUCAUGAGCUGAAAUAAAAGAUGCCCAAAAAUGUGCAAAUGCACAAAUAGCUUAUUUCUAAAUUUGAGAAUUUGGCAGUAAGUCCAACCGGCCUCACAACCGCAGACCAUGUGUAUGGAGUUUGUGUGGUUGAGCGAUUUGCUGAUGUAAUUGUUGUGAACAGUGCCCCAUGGUGGGGGUAUGGGCAAGCAUAAGCUAUGGACAACGAACACAACUGCAUUUUAAGGAGGACGAUUUGAAUGCACCGAGAUACCGUGACGAGAUCCUGAGGCCCAUUGUCGUGCCAUUCAUUUGCCGCCAUCACAUUGUGUUUCAGCCUGAUAAUGCACUGCCCCAUGUUGCAAGUCUCUGUACACAAUUCCUGGAUGAUGAAAAUGACCCAGUUCUUCCAUGGCCUGCAUACUCACCAGACAUGGCACCCAUUGAGCAUGUUUGGGAUGCUGUGGAUCAAUGCGUUUGACAGCGUGUUCCAGUUCCCGCCAAUAUCCAGCAACUUCGCAAAGCUAUUGAAGAACAACAUUCCACAGGCCACAAUCAACGGCCUGCUCAACUCUAUGUGAAGGAGAUGUCGCUCUGCAUAAGGCAAAUGGUGGUCACACCAGAUACUGACUGGUUUUCUGCAAUCUGUGAUCAACAGAUGGGUUUCUGUACUCCCAGUCAUGUGAAAUCCAUAGAAUAGUGCCUCAUUUAUUUCAAUUGACUUAUUUCCUUAUGAACUAUGACUUUGAAAUAGUUCCAUGUUGUAUUUAAUUGUUUAUACACACACGGUGCAUUCGCAAAGUUUUCAGACCUUUCCGGGAAGUACAAAACUAAAACGUAUUAAAUACUUUUUUUUUUUCAUCGAUACACUACCCCAUAAUGACAAAGCGAAAACAGGUUUUUAGAAAUGUUUGCAAAAAACAGAUACCUUAUAUACAUAAGUAUUCAGACCCUUUUACUAUGAUACUCGAAUUUGAAUUAAGGUGCAUCCUGUUUCCAUUGAUGCUACAACUAUAUUGGAGUCCACCUGUGGUAGAUUGAUUGGACAUGAUUCGGAAAUGGCACACCUGUCUAAGGUCCCACAGUUGACAGUGCAUGUCAGAGCAAAAACCAAGCCAUGAGGUUGAUUGAAUUGUCCGUAGAGCUCUGAAACAGGAUUGUAUCUAGGGAAAGGUAACAAAAAAAUGUCUGCAGUGUUGAGAGUCCCCAAGAACAGUGCCCUCCAUCAUUCUUAAACGGAAGAAAUUUGGAACCACCAAGUCUCUUCCUAGAGCUGGCCACCUGGCCAAACAGAGCAAUCAGGGAGGUGACCAAGAAUAUUAUGGUCACUCUGACAGAGCUCCAGAGUUCCUCUGUGGAGAUGGUUGUCCUUCUGGAAGGUUCUCCCAUCUCUGCAGUACACCACCAAUCAGGCUUUUAUGGUAGUGCCCAGACGGCCACUCAGUAAAAGGCACAUGCCUGUAUGGAGUUUGCAAAAAUGCACCUAAAGGACUGUCAGACUGAUGAAACCUAGAUGUAAUACUUGGCAUUCAGGCCAAAUAGUUAUGUCUGGAGGAAACCUGGCACCAUCCCUACGGUGAAGCAUGGUAGUGGCUGUAUCAUGCUGUGGGAAUGUUUUUCUAAGAUGAACGGAGCAAAGUACAGAGAUCUUUGAUGAAAACCUGCUCCAGAGCGCUCAGGACCUCAGACUGGGGCGAAGGUUCACCUUCCAACAGGAAAACAACCCUAUGCACACAGCCAAGACAAUGCAGGAGUGGCAUCAGGACAAGUCUCUGAAUGCCCUUGAGUGGCCCAGCCAGAGCCCAGAACCUGAUCAAACAUCUCUGGAGCGACGCUCCCCAUCCAACCUGACAGAACUUGAGGGUCUGCAGAGAAGAAUGGUAGAAACUCCGUCAAAUACAGACUAAGCCAUCCACUGUAGAGGUUUUGGAAGGAAUUGAUAAGGAUAUACAGACUGGUGAGGAAUGUAGAGAACUGUAUCAAAGACAGUUGAAGCAAUGGAUAUGGAGACUACUGCUGUACUCAUCUCUUCUCUACCUGAUGGCCAGCAUAAUUGUGUAUCUCUGGUACCUCCCUGAACAGAUGAUUGGGAAGGUCAUAUUGGCCCUUCCGUAUGUGAUAUUUCCACUAUUUGUAUGCCUCCUUCGAAAGGGGCUGAUUGCUCUUUUUAACAGAAGAACGGAAAAAAACAGUAUGUGCUUUAGUCUGCCUCAUCAUGACAUGCUGCUUUCAUUUGGUAUAAUCAGUAAAAUGUUUUUUGUUUUGUUUGUUUUAGAUGAAAAAUUGGACGAUCUCAAAUCACAAAAACGAAAAAUUCUGUUAGAGGUGAUGGAAACUGAAACCUAUAAAACUGCAAAAAUGAUUCUGGAGAGAUUUGAUCCUGACUCAAAAGCAAAGGUGCCAGAAUCCCUUCCAAAUGAAAUGCAUAUGACUCCAAAACCUCACCAGGAAGUCCGUCAGCGUCAUGUCACUCCUCGUCCCCCGGUGGCGUUGACUCCUGCCGCAGCCCGUCCUCCUCGUCCCCCGGUGGCGGUGACUCCUGCCGCAGCAAGUCUUCUUCUGGCCCCAGGGGCCACCCAUGCAGGGCCACCCCUCCACUCCGCUCCUGGAGGACCCCCAGAGAGGAUCCUGUCUGAGGCUGCUCAGCAGAGCUUGAUGAAGAGGCCCAUGACCCCUGGCACUCUUGUUCCAGGAGUGGGCCCUCCCCUGGCCAGACCUGUCCUCCCCAGGGAUCGCAGCGCCAUGGACAGGGUUAUUGAGUACCUUGUCGGUGAUGGCCCUCAGAAUAGAUAUGCCCUCAUAUGUCAGCAGUGUCUCACCCAUAACGGCAUGGCAUUAAAAGAGGAAUUUGAAUAUAUUGCCUUUAGAUGUGCAUAUUGUUGUUUCCUGAACCCUGCGAGAAAGGCCAGACCCCAAGCCCCCCGACUCCCUGAGAUCAGUGCCGAGACGAAGAUCCUCACCGACGCACCCGUCGCAACACCACCUGAAGCCGAUGAGAGCCCCGUUGCUGCAGUUGAGGAGAAAUGGCCUUCUCCCCCAGCUGUAGAGGAGAUCCAGGAGUUGACAGUUACUCCAACAGAGAGUGCCCCUGAAACAAAAGGGUCAGAAACCCCAGGCUGUCUGCAUACCACCCCAGAGAAGUCCGAUGGAGAACUGGAUAUGUCCGAUAUGGAGGUUCAAUAGAAUGUUUCAACAUAAUUUUAGGCUGGAGCUAUAUUCUUUUUUUAGUUAUUUUUCUUUGUUUUUUUUAAAAAGUAAACUUAAUAACAUCAAUGCUGUGAGUAAGAAUCGUAGAAUGACAGGCUAAGGGUUUGGUAUGAACUUAAAUAAAUACACAUUUUUCCUGUCUGUUAUAGUGAUAGCAUAUAAACUGAAUCCUGAUGAUAUGGGAUAAUGGACAGGCAAUACUCUUGGGAUUUGACGCGAUGUCAAUACUUUCAUACACUAUUCCAGCACUUCCAUCCAUGAAGCAAAGAGUAGGUCUGCUAGCUAAGCGUUUGGCGUUGAUGCACAGCUGUAGUUCUUUUCUUUUUUAGUGUUUUAAAUAUUAAGCGGAUAAGCAAUUUGUCUGUUUUGUGUGACAAUGUCUGUCCAUGUUGUCUACAGACAGGUAAACAUGCUAAUGCAUGCUACUAUUACUUAAUAAUAAUAAUAAUAAUAAUAAUAAUGCAGAGGCCAAAUGUAGCUAAGCAGUUGGUUUGUAGAAUGAUGUUUUCUUCAGUUUGUUUUCCGGGAGUUAUUUGCUACAUUGUCACUAUUUUUUUAGUUUUUUUGUUGUUGUGAAUGUCUGGCCAUGUUUACAGAAAUGCAAAAAAAUAUACUGUCCGGUGUUCUAUGAAAUCUGUAUAUUUAUAGUUGAUGAUAUUUAUAGGUACUACAGUAUUGGGAUACAGUGCCUUUUGAUCAGUAUUGAAUAGGUUUUGGAUACUUCAAGCACCAUGUGGCUAACCACAUGUUUACGCAGUAAUGGUACUAUCACGAGUGCUUGUUUACAUAUGUAUUGCUUAAAAGGAGAAAGAUGUUCUGCUCUACUCUGCAUCCGAGUGCGUUGUGCGUUUAUACUUUGAAAUAAAUAAAGGUAGUCAAUUUCA